AUGUCGAAUGCUCAAUUUUUAAGAGAAUAUAAAAUUGUAAUUGUUGGUGGUGGUGGUGUUGGAAAAUCUGCAUUAACGAUUCAAUUUAUCCAAUCACAAUUUGUUGAUGAAUAUGAUCCUACUAUUGAAGAUUCUUAUCGUAAACAAUGUGUUAUUGAUGAUGAAGUUGCUUUGUUAGAUGUGUUGGAUACUGCUGGACAAGAGGAAUAUAGAGCUAUGCGUGAACAAUAUAUGCGUAGUGGCGAAGGAUUUCUUUUAGUCUACUCCAUCACAUCACGCAACUCAUUUGAAGAAAUUGCAACUUUUCAUGAACAGAUUCUUAGAGUUAAGGAUAAAAACUAUUUCCCAAUAAUUGUGGUAGCCAACAAAAGUGACUUAGAAAAAGAAAGACAAGUUUCAGAACAAGAGGGACAAGAAUUUGCUAAACAAUCCAACUGUAGAUUCAUUGAAACCUCAGCUAAACUACGUACUAAUGUUGAUGAAGUGUUCUAUAAUCUUGUUCGUGAAAUUCGAAGAUACAACAAAGAAUUGCAAUUAUUACAAGACAUUGAUAAGAAAUCAUCAAAUAAUCAACGAAGCGUAAAUGGUGGUAAAAAUGAGCAUUUUGAUUCUGUUAAUAACC